AUGAGUAGUAAUCUACCCAUGGAUUCCGUUUCGAAAGCUAAACCCACUGAAGCAUCUUGCGAUGUUAACGCUACAAUUUUUCCCACUUCUGAGAUUGGGCGAUCUGACCAGGUAGUAACACCUACGAGUUUGGAGCAGGAAAAUUCGUACUAUUCGUCGUCUCUGAAGAGGAAUUUAUCCAAAACUGCAGAUGAAACUCCCCUGAAGAGAAUAAAAAAGGCAAACGAUGAAAAAAAUUAUGGGGAAUGUCCGGCGGCAAAUUUAAUGGAGCCAAGUACCAAGACUAGUGAAAUGGAAACACUUUCAGGAAUAAGCAAAUUUCUUCAAAGUAGAAAUAUCGUUGUAGAUAAGGAGUCCAUUGAAGGAUAUCAAGAACUUGAAGAGGUGAAAAUAUCAGCAAAAGCCCAAAUUGACAAGCUAAAAAAUCUUAACACUUUCCAACAAAUCGAUAAUUUUGAUUGGUCCAAAAUUGAAGAAGCGUAUGCCUUUAUCUUCAAUGACUACAUUCGUAUGAUGGAGCUUACUAUUAGAGACCUUGAUCAAUCUAUGAAGGUAAUUAUCUCUUUUUAAAUAUUUUUCCUAUGCAUAUACUAACUGACCGCAGGAGAGACGAGCAUGGCAAGAAAUAAUAUUCACUCUUGAUAGAGAAAGAAGCGCUGAAAGGUAUGUUUAAUUAAAUUGCUAAUUACUUCCUUACAUAGCAAGCAUAUAUUAACUGUUCAGGAUAAAUAAGUCGGAAAGAUGGAUUACAGCAAAAGAAAUGAAUUUCAAUGAUGUGAAACAGGAUUUGGCAAAUUCAGUCAAACUUAUUCAAAAGGAAUUUCUGAAGUUCGAAACUCCUAGAAAGAAAAAGAUACAUUCCCCCUUUGAUGUCAAUAAUUAA